AUGAGUAAUUUAAGUAGAUGUGAAAAGUUACAGAAGCUCAGAACUCUAAUGAAACAGUUCGAAAUUGAUGCUUAUAUUAUUCCUUCUAGUGAUCCACAUAUGUCUGAGUAUCCACCAUCUUGGUACAAACGUCGCGAAUUCAUGACUGGUUUUAGUGGCUCGGAAGGUGUGUGCUUAAUCACCGACAAAUGUGCUAUGUUAUAUGUAGAUGGAAGGUACACUGUUGAAGCUAGUAGUGUUGCUCCUCCUGAAUUCCAAGUAUAUGAGGUCAAAAAUAGUUUUUAUUGGCAUAUAGUUGAUUUACUUAAAACAAGUAAGUUUAUUGGCAAUCUAGGUAUUGAUAUGCAAGUAACUUCUUGGAGAGUAUAUGAAGCUAUUAUUAAAUAUAUUAAAGAAGCUGAAGAAACCUCAAGCGGAGAAUUUAAAGUUAGUUUAAAACUACUUGAAACAAACUUAGUUGAUUUAAUCUGGACUGAUAAGCAAAGUCUCAUGGUUUCUAGCAACCCUAUUUUUAUACACGAAAUAGAAUAUACUGGUGAAACAUCGGUAUCUAAAAUUCGGAAGAUAUUAGAAAUAAUGCAACAAGAAAAAUCGUCAAUUCUAACUAUUUGUGAUAUAAGCGAAAUUGCUUGGAUCCUUAAUCUUAGAGGAUCUGAUGUAGAAUAUAGCCCACUAUUUGCUUCUUUUCUUAUCCUUCAAAGGUUUAAUGAUGAGAGGAAUAAACCUAGUUCAGAAAUUCCAUAUAAAGUUAAAUUCUUUGUGGAUAAGAUGAAGGUUACUCAGGAAGUUUUGGAUUAUUUAUAUUGUGAAUUUUGCAAAAAUAUCCAAAUAUUCUCAAUAGAAGACUUUAUAAAAGAACUAAAAUCUACUGUUGAAUGUGCAACUUUAUCUUUUUCUAAUGAUAACAUGUCUAAAAUUUGGCUUCCACAAUCAGAAUGCAAUUUAGCUGUUUACAAUGCAGCAUUGGAAACUAUCAAAGAAAAUAUAGAUAGUACUUCAUAUCCAUGUGGGUCUAUCUAUGAAUUGUUUCAUGAUACUAAAUUAUCUAGUCACUUACUAACUAAAAUGUCUAUUGUAGAGUACUUUCGUAGCAAGAAAAAUGAAGUUGAGUUGGAUGGAAUGCGUAGCUGCCAUCGCUAUGAUGGUCUAGCCUUGAGCAGAUUUCUUUACUAUUUGGACUGUUCUUGUAUGGAUGAUUCAAUAUUUAACAAUAAAACAACUGAGUGGGAUUUAUCUGAAAAAUUAUACAGAUUACGUGAAGAGCAACCACUCUAUAAGUACCCAAGUUUUCCAACCAUAUCUUCUAUUGGAUCCAAUGGUGCGAUAAUCCACUAUAGGCCUAGUGAAGAAAAUAGUAAGGUAAUUCAAUCUACAAUGUAUCUAUGUGACUCAGGUGGACAAUAUCUUACUGGGACAACAGAUGUUACUAGAACUUUGUUUUUAUUUAAAAAUAAUGGAAGUACAAGACCUACACCAAAACAAAUAGAUUCAUUUACUCGUGUACUAGUGGGAUUUAUCCGUCUAAACAAGACAAUAUUUCCUAGUGGUACAACUGGUGGAGAUUUAGAUAUAAUUGCACGCUUAAGUCUAUGGGAGGUUGGAUUAGACUAUUCACAUAGUACUGGGCAUGGGGUUGGGUCUUUUCUUUGUGUACAUGAAGGCCCCUAUGGAAUUUAUAAAACAAGAGAUUUCACAAAGUCCUUAUCUCUAGAGCCUGGGAUGGUUUUAUCUAUAGAACCAGGAUACUAUGAAGUUGAUAAUUUUGGUAUUAGGAUUGAAAAUUUGGUAGAAGUUGUGGCUAUUGAGACUGAAAAUGACUCAAAUGGACAGUUUCUUGGUUUUAAACCUUUAACUUAUGCUCCCAUUCAAAAGGAACUAAUUGAUCUCUCAAUUUUAUCUCAUGAUGAGAUCGAAUGGCUUAAUUGGUAUCACUCAAAAGUCUUGGAAAAUAUAGAACCACUUAUUGAAAAUGACUUAGAGUUCUUAUCUUGGCUUGUUACUAAAUGUGCCCCUAUAACUAAAGAACUAAAUAAGAAACCUACUCCACAAACCUUGUAUCAAUAA